CUGGGAUUACAGCUCCCCUGUGAGCAGGAUUGGAUUAUUUUACAGAUAAUGUUUAUUGGAUUAUUUUACAGAUAAUGUUUAUUGGAUUAUUUUACAGAUAAUGUUUAUUGGAUUAUUUUACAUGUAAUGUUUAUUGGAGACAUGCUGCCUGGGACUGCAGCUCCCCUGUGAGGAGAAGGAUUGGAUUUUUUUCACUUUUUGUUUUGUUUAUGUUGGGACUAUAUUCUGGAUCUGGAGUUGGCCGCGGAAGGAUAUUGCUUGUGAAUUAUCCUGCGCAGGGAUUCGCUGCGCUGUGAUUCGCACCACUGAAUGUGUUGCUGGGACACCCAGGGCUUUGUGUUUGGCCACGCCUGGCCGAUCUUGAUUGGUCAUUUCUUGGUGUGACGUCGGCGCCUGGGUUAGGGAGUCACCGUCACGGUGCUCAGGAUGGGACAAAUCUCAUCGAAACGCGCAGCUCAGGCAACUCCAGGUCUAUACACACCCGCACACCGCAAGAAGCUGCUCAGAGCGAGAAGAAAGCGGAGUGAUGACAACAGCAGCUCUGCCACAGCCAAUACUCACAGCCAGGGCACAGCACAGAGUAUAGAGCCAGCCAGUACUCCCAGCCAGGGCACAGCACAGAGUAUAGAGCCAGCCAGUACUCCCAGCCAGGGCACAGCACAGAGUAUACAGCCUGGCACAGAGAGGGGUACAGCACAGAGUAUAGUGUCAGCCAGUACUCCCAGCCAGGGCACAGCACAGAGUAUAGAGCCAGCCAGUACUCCCAGCCAGGGCACAGCACAGAGUAUAGUGCCAGCCAGUACUCCCAGCCAGGGUACAGCACAGAGUAUAGUGUCAGCCAGUACUCCCAGCCAGGGUACAGCACAGAGUAUAGUGUCAGCCAGUACUCCCAGCCAGGGUACAGCACAGAGUAUACAGCCUGGCACAGAGAGGGGUACAGCACAGAGUAUAGUGUCAGCCAGUACUCCCAGCCAGGGCACAGCACAGAGUAUAGAGCCAGCCAGUACUCCCAGCCAGGGCACAGCACAGAGUAUACAGCCUGGCACAGAGAGGGGCACAGCACAGAGUAUAGAGCCAGCCAGUACUCCCAGCCAGGGCACAGCACAGAGUAUAGAGCCAGCCUCAGCCAGUACUCCCAGCCAGGGUACAGCACAGAGUAUAGAGCCUGGCACAGAGAGGGGUACAGCACAGAGUAUAGAGCUUAGCACAGAGAGGGGUACAGCACAGAGUAUAGAGCUUAGCACAGAGAGGGGUACAGCACAGAGUAUAGAGCCUGGCACAGAGAGGGGUACAGCACAGAGUAUAGAGCCUGGCACAGAGAGGGGUACAGCACAGAGUAUAGAGCCUGGCACAGAGAGGGGUACAGCACAGAGUAUAGAGCCUGGCACAGAGAGGGGUACUGCACAGAGUAUAGAGCCUGGCACAGAGAGGGGUACAGCACAGAGUAUAGAGCUUAGCACAGAGAGGGGUACAGCACAGAGUAUAGAGCCUGGCACAGAGAGGGGUACAGCACAGAGUACAGUGCCAGCCUCAGCCAGUACUCACAGCCAGGGUACAGCACAGAGUACAGUGUCAGCCUCAUCCAGUACUCCCAGCCAGGGCACAGCACAGAGUAUAGAGUCUGGCACAGAGAGGGGUACAGUACAGGGUGCAGUGUCUGAUUCAGAGGUAGGUAAGGUACAGGGUAUACACCCUGGUACAGAGAGGGGUACAGUGCUGAGUAUAGAGACUGGCACAGAAAGUGAUAUAGAUCCAGGCACUAAGAGAGGUACAGUACAGGGUACACUGUCCGUCUCCCUUGAGAGGACGCUAUCAGUCACUGCAGCGUGCGUAGAAAGCAUCGCUUCAGAGGAAAGAAAAGUAACAUUCAGAUUGGAAGAGACGCUGCAGUCUGACACUGGGACAUGGCUGUUAUUCCCAGACACAGCACCGGACAUACCAACGGUGCCCCUUUAUAUUGAUGCUGCUCUGAGGUCAACAGAAGGGACCACCAAGAAACACAUCCAAAUCACAAGUCUUUGUUCACCAGCAGAUUCAAAGACACAGACAUCUUUGAAACCUUCUAAGAAUACACUCCCUGGAUUGUAUCCAAAUGUAUCUAUCGUAGGAGGCUCAGAGCGAAGGGUGACACUUCCCAGUGAUACAGCGCCAAGCACACAAGUUGCCCUAUUACCUGAGAUGAGACUGGAUGGGCAGGGAGUGGGGUGCAGAAGGGAUAUUUCCAAAGGUGGUGGUUCACAGGGUGCUAUGACCGACAGAGGAAAGGUAUGGUCCGAAGACUAUGGGAAGAGCCACAUGGAGUCAUUGAAAGACACACAAAGAAACGUGGAGAAUGAAACGGUUGUCUUGAGCUUUAUUGAACAAAAGACAGAAAGUCAGCCGCAGAGCUCUGUGGCUGAAAGUUAUAGGGAAGAGGCAACCGCUGUAAAUAGUCUGGGUGAUGGGAGCAAGCUGUUGGGGAUGUCCUGGAAAAAAGAGACCGUGAUGUUUCCUGGAAGUUUGGGUUCAGUGGAGUGCGUUGGCACAGGAGGUGGGGAAGUUGGAGAGAAAACAACAACAAAUGCAGAGAGGAAUGAAAAAGACCUAAUGCUACGUGGCCAGGAAAGGACUUCAGGUCUAGAAAAUGUUUCUUUGGCAGAGAUACCACAGUCAGGGACCGGCCAGCAAGAGACAUUAGGAGGUGGCAAUCUGGGCAUAACCAGCUUGCGGCUAACAGUCACCCCACCAGACUCUCAACUUAUCCCUGAGAUGGCUCAUAGAAGGGAGCUGCCCAGGAAGGGGCCACCACUUCUGGAGUUUAGACUGUUGCCUGCAGAGCUGGCCUCCGAUACCCACAGCUACUCAAUUCCAAGACUUAUUGUUACUCGGGAUCCCAGCCCCAACCACCGUCUGUCCUCUUCAUCUCCCCAGCUACUGGAGUCGAGCUGCAGUCUAGAUGUACCCCUUUCUGGAGAUGCGGAGUCUCCCUGCUCGGACAGUGGCUGUGGUGGGUCCCCUGUGCCCUCUCUCUUCCUACGCAAGCUGUCCAGCUCGUCUGGCCUGUCCUCUGCAUCAUCCUUCGAGGAGUCUGAAGACGAUUUUGGUGGCAGUGACAUUGAACCAAAUGGAUUACACGUCCUAUUCUGCAGUCCCGAAGACCAUGCCGCAACGGUUAGUAUGAAAUUGUCUAACAAGUUAUCUUCAUUUACAGGCUCAGGACUGCCCGUGACCUGCAUUCUUAUGGGGCAUUUAGUGAUAGUGAACAUACACCACAUUUUACCUAACUUGUACAUGACAGUUAACAAUAGAUGUCUUUAGGUGUGUAUAUAUAUAAAUAUGUAUUUUUUUCAUUGUUAUACUUGUGAUCGCCGUCUCUUCAAGCUACCAUCUCUAAAAUGUGCGUUCUCUUGGGCAAAGGACCCUCUGCGCCUUCUGUUAUUGUAACGUAGUGCCAACGUAUUCCGCAGCGCUUUACAAUCAGAGAAUGGGACGGGGAAGGCCCUGCUCAAAGGAGCUUACAAUCUAACUUGUCGUUUGCCUCUUAUCUGCUCCAUUGUAAAGCUCUGCACAAAAUACUGGCUGAGUAGCACUGCUAAUAAUCUUGGUGUUUCAAAACAUUUUUGAUAGUAAUGCCCAAUAAAAGAUGUCUAUGGUUCUACCUGCUCUGGUGUAGCAGAUGUUAAAUAUUCUAAAUAAAAAAGAACUCUCAGGUGCACAUGCUGUGCCGUUAAAAUUGCAAUUCAGAUAGAACUGGCUGUGCAUAAUGGUAGUUCAUAGGGAAGAAUAAUUCUUUGCAGAAGUACGAGAUUUAUUUAUUAAAGUGGGGUUCCAGGCCUGAAUAUCAGAUUUUGUUUUAACGUUUGUUAUUUUGUAUAAUUCCCAGUUUAGUGGAUGAUCCCCGUGGAAGCCAGUAUUCAGGUUUACCUUGUUGUUGUCUAGAGUUACAGUGACUUGUUGGUUAAGCAUCACGAUCGUCUAUUCAACAGCCGCCAUUCUAAACUGGGAGGGCGUUUUAUGAAAACGACCUUCUUUUAGUAUAUUCUGUGUGUUCUCUCCAUGCUGGGUCACUGCCAGAUACAUUUUAUUAAUAUAUAAUGCCGCUGGUGGUGAUGCGGUGCUAUUUUACCGGCUGUGCAAAUUUUUAAGUGUUUAUGGCUCCGAUUGAGCUCUAAACCCUUCGGUUCAGACCUUAUUUCAGACGGGUUUAUUUUCCGUAGCAGGUCUCACACCCGUGCAGUCUGAUCCCCGUCAGUGACAGCAGGAUAGCUAACGAGAAUGCUGUCUGUAUUUGCCUUCCUGAGAUAAAAGCCCAUUAUAUAAAAUAAUACUGUGUGUUUGCACUUCAAAAGCUUUGUUCUCAGUUUGCCUUUGGCAAACACACACCUGCUUUGUAUACAGAAAUCUGACAUCCUCUAGUCUAUCCCAGCGAGCUGUCUGCAUGUACAGCGUACGUGUAUACAUGCAGCUCAUCCCGAUUCGUUCCGUGCGUUAAUAGCCGGUGCACAAACUCUCACCGUGCCGUGUGUCCCUUUACAUCAUAAAUGUUUUGACAUGACGCACGUCCCCAAUGUGAGGAAGCUGGUCACACGCCUGGUGUGUGCUGACAGAUGUGGGUAGUGAACAGAGACACACUUUAAAGGCUCGAGAUUUGUGGCAAUGUCACGCUGGUGUGACUGCACGUGGGGGCAAUGACUGACAGUCCAACCGUAACCCUACUUUAGCUGUAAACCUGAUAAUGUCGGAUGGGUCACAUAGACAUUCAUGGAGCUCUCACUGGUUAAUGACUGUUGCAGGAAAAAGUAUUUUGGCGAGAAUUGGGAACAGUGGCUUGCAUGCUUGUCAACUACCUCUCCUUUGAUGCCCAUACAGCUUGGCUGUGCAUGAUGGGAAAUGUAGUGUUGACUUUGUGUCAUGGGAAAUACACACGUAUUUGCAGUGCCAUCAAUAAGUGAUGAUAAUAUAAACUUCCGUUUUGGGUGGCGAGACUCCAGCCUGCGUUGUUUUUAUCACCGAGCUGCCUGCCACUAUGAAUUAGUUGGGGUAAAUGUUUUAUCGGUUAUUCACUAGAGUGCAGAGAGUCAGGAAUGGAAAGAUCUUUGGACAAAUUCUGCCUCUGCGUUAUUAAAGGACCACUAUAGUGCCCUGAGGGUGCCCCCACCCUCAGGGUCCCACUCCCGCCCGGCUCUGGAAGGGGGAAAGGGGUUAAAACGUACCUUUUUCCAGCACUGGGCGGGGAGCUCUCCUCCUCUGAUCCUCCUUCUCUCCUCCCCGUCGGCUGAAUGCGCACGCGUGGCAAGAGCUGCGCGCGCAUUCAGCCGGUCACAUAGGAAAACAUUCAUAAUGCUUUCCUAUGGACGCUGGCGUGCUCUCACUGUGAAAAUCACAGUGAGAAGCACGCAAGCGCCUCUAGCGGCUGUCAAUGAAACAGCCGCUAGAGGCUUUGGGGGAAGGCUUAACCCAUUCAUAAACAUAGUUUCUCUGAAACUGCUAUGUUUAUGAAAAAAUGGGUUAACCCUAGCUGGACCUGGCACCCAGACCACUUCAUUAAGCUGAAGUGGUCUGGGUGCCUAGAGUGGUCCUUUAAUUCAAGUUACAUAGCUGAAAAGAGACUUGCGUCCAUCAAGUUCAGCCUUCCUCACAUUUGUUUUGUAGUUGAUCCAAAAGAAGGCAAAAACCCCAGUCUGAAGCGCUUCCAAUUUUGCAACAAAUUAAGGAAAAAUUCCUUCUUAACCCCAAAAUAGCAGUCAGAUGUCUCCUUGGAUCAAGCAGCUAUUACCCCACUAAUUAGAAAUUAUAACAUUGUAUGUUAUGUUUUUGUAAGUAUUUAUCCAAUUGCAGUUUAAACAUCUGUAGUGACUCUGACGAAACCACCUCUUCAGGCAGAGAAUUCCAUAUCCUUAUUGCUCUUACUGUAAAAAAACCAUUUUCUUUGCCUUAGAUGAAAUCUCCUUUCUUCCAGCCUAAAUGUGUGACCUCGUGUCCUAUGUAUAGCUCUGUUUAUGAAUAGAUUUCCAGAUAAAAGGUUUGUACUGGCCCCGAAUAUAUUUGUAUAAAGUUAUCAUAUCCCCUCUCAGGCGCCGUUUUUCCAAACUUAAAAGAUUUAAAUUUUUUAACCUUUCUUCGUAACUAAAAUGCUCCAUUCCUGAGUGACAAUUUUAAAGACGAUUUCAAAUACAAAAAGUCCAAAGUGAACUUCGAUAAUGUUUUUAUUUCGGCUGUUUUACCUUGAAAUCGAAUUUCACUUUGAAUUCUCACUUUAAUGAUCCCGCUGUGAGUGUUUUCCGUCCAGAUAUUCUGGGCAAAAAGUUAGCAUUUACCUUUUCAUUUCUGACAACAAAUCCUGCAAGUGUUAUGUGGCUACUGCCCCUUCUGUGUGUUGGUUUUAGUUAGAAAUAAUACAUAUAUUGGUAAAAAGAGGUAUUAGCACUCACGGCCUUUAUAAUGCAGUAAAUCUCUUAUUAUUCCAUCUUGGAAAAGUGUGAUAAAACAUGCUGGUCAACGUUUCAGUCCCAGUUUGGGACAUUCCUCAGGAUCCAGAAAAAAGGCCCCAAACUGUGACUGCAACGUUCACCAGCAUGUUUUAUCACACUGUUAUGUGAAAACUUCAGAGAUUGAACAAUGAUUGUUAGACGAUAGAACUGAAUCUGUAUCCCAGGCUUACAGAACGGAGUUGGUAAAUGGCCUCUUUGUUUGGCUAUCGGUUCCGUACAAGAUUUGUAUUGUUGUCCUGAUACUAUGUGACAAUACUUGUGUGGGUGUUACUCUGUCACUUGGAAUGCGUAGAGACGCUGUUGAUUACACUCAGCAUUUAUAAUUUGUCUAUCUUUAUUCCCUGCCUGAGACCUGCGCCAGACACUGCUUGCGUCGCUCCUGUACAUGCUUUGCAGUGGACACGGAUCUCGGAUUUACUGUCCGUGGAAAUAAAGUGCUCACUCAUUUAACCCUGUCUGCAAGUAUGCCAAGUAUUGUUUUUUUAAACCAAAUAAUGAAUUGAAUGCACUUUUAAACUUUGUGUUCUCCUGACCUAUUGUGAUUGCAUUCAUGAUAUCCCAUCAACCGGCAUACUUGACAAUAUAUUAAUUUGGGGUUCCAAGAUGUUUAGGACCCAACAGUCCUGUCUGCCACCUAGAUUCUACAAGGCCUUGGCAUCACUCUGAGUCCAGGGAGGGAACUCUUUCUUUCCAGCUCACGGGCUAAGUAGUCCUGGGCCGGCCACAGAACAUUUUAGUCCACAAUAGUCAGGGUGCCAUGGAUUUAAUGGAUGGCACAUAACGCAAUACUGAAUCGACACCGGCACAUAUAAUCUGAAGAAGUCAACCUGGCUUGAUCUAGGCAUUCGCAGUGUGCCAUCCUGUUUUACCAAAGCUGUUACCUCACACUUUAAUGUGUUUAAUCUAGACUUACCGAACCGUCAUUGCUCUUCGCCCAGUUUUGGGAGCACAAGGUGAAAUUCUUGGUGACUUUCCCAUCAACUCUCCCAGUAUCCUAGCCAUUGUUGGAAGUGGCAGGCUCUUAGGCUUACUAAGCAUCAUGGGAAAUGUAGUUCACAAAUAUUUGCUGUGACUGUCCUACAAAUGCAUGUUGACCUCCUAAAAUGCUUAGUCUUACCCCCAGGAUUUAGCUUCCCAGCGAUUUUCAGAUAAUUCACUAAAGGUAAGCAUUGUUGGAAAAUGGAAAUCAAACAGAAUUUCAAGUUUAAGGCCAAAAUGUGCAUUGGUGCAGUGUGUGCUGCAUGUGCACUGGUACCAUGCAGUGUGCGUGUGUGUGCUGCAUGUGCACUGGUACCAUGCAGUGUGUGUGUGCUGCGUGUGCACUGGUACCAUGCAGUGUGUGUGUGUGCUGCGUGUGCACUGGUACCAUGCAGUGUGUGUGUGCUGCGUGUGCACUGGUACCAUGCAGUGUGCGUGUGCACUGGUACCAUGCAGUGUGCGUGUGCACUGGUACCAUGCAGUGUGCGUGUGCAUUGGUACCAUGCAGUGUGUGUGUGCUGCGUGUGCACUGGUACCAUGCAGUGUGUGUGUGUGUGCUGCGUGUGCACUGGUACCAUGCAGUGUGUGUGUGUGUGCUGCGUGUGCACUGGUACCAUGCAGUGUGCUGCGUGUGCACUGGUACCAUGCAGUGUGCUGCGUGUGCACUGGUACCAUGCAGUGUGCUGCGUGUGCACUGGUACCAUGCAGUGUGUGUGUGUGCUGCGUGUGCACUGGUACCAUGCAGUGUGUGUGUGCUGCGUGUGCACUGGUACCAUGCAGUGUGUGUGUGUGCUGCGUGUGCACUGGUACCAUGCAGUGUGUGUGUAAUGGAAGUUACCAGGCCACUGUUUGUAUCCCCCACCAGUAACACCUUUCUGCGUCUGAUGCGAUUCGAUCAACCAUAAGGGAAAAUAUACUUGUUUUAUGCAAAUAGGAUUGAAAUGUGACAUAAGACAAAUUACAAAUGUAUUAAGGACCCUCAAGCAAAUGUCCAAUCUAUACAUUUCACAAAAGGCUUUUCGUUAAUCACUCUGUAGAAUUUUAGUAAUUCCCCUUUAGCAAUAUACUAUGUGCUCUAAAUCCCGCACCCUCUAUAACUAAUUAAUCCUGUCUGACAGCGACGCAGUGUCUCCUAAGUAAAGCAUGUAAAACCAACUCCUCUCUGCACAUAUCCCAGCGAUAGUCCAGCCCAAACUUGUUACGAAUUCUUUCUUUUAAUAACCUCUGUGGAGCCGUGUGUUUGGAAUGGUUAUACAUAUUGAUAACCUUUAUCACACAGCGUUUUGGCAGGGACUUCUAAUGCCUCCUGUUAUAAUAGCUGUGGAGCUCUGUGAUCUACUUGUCACACAUUAUAUUACUGUGAGUUUUAUUGCUGUGGAGUUCUGUGAGCUACUCGUCACACAGAGCUCUGUGAGCUACUCGUCACAUAUUAGAGCUCUGUGAUCUAGUCGUCACACAUCACAUUACUGUGAGUUUUAUUGCUGUGGAGCUCUGUGAUCUACUCGUCACACAUUACAUUACUGUGAGUUUUAUUGCUGUGGAGUGCUGUGAUCUACUCGUCACACAUUAGAGCUCUGUGAUCUACUCGUCACACAUUAGAGCUCUGUGAUCUACUCGUCACACAUUAGAGCUCUGUGAUCUACUCGUCACACAUUAGAGCUCUGUGAUCUAGUCGUCACACAUAUUACUGUGAGUUUUAUUGCUGUGGAGUGCUGUGAGCUACUCGUCACACAGAGCUCUGUGAGCUACUCGUCACACAGAGCUCUGUGAGCUACUCGUCACACAUUAGAGCUCUGUGAGCUACUCGUCACACAUUAGAGCUCUGUGAACUACUCGUCACACAUUAGAGCUCUGUGAUCUACUCGUCACACAUUAGAGCUCUGUGAUCUAGUCGUCACACAUUACAUUACUGUGAGUUUUAUUGCUGUGGAGCUCUGUGAUCUAGUCGUCACACAUUAGAGCUCUGUGAUCUAGUCGUCACACAUUACAUUACUGUGAGUUUUAUUGCUGUGGAGUGCUGUGAUCUACUCGUCACACAUUAGAGCUCUGUGAGCUACUCGUCACACAUUAGAGCUCUGUGAUCUACUCGUCACACAGAGCUCUGUGAACUAGUCGUCACACAUUAGAGCUCUGUGAUCUACUCGUCACACAUUAGAGCUCUGUGAUCUAGUCGUCACACAUUAGAGCUCUGUGAUCUAGUCGUCACACAUUAGAGCUCUGUGAUCUACUCGUCACACAUUAGAGCUCUGUGAUCUAGUCGUCACACAUUACAUUACUGUGAGUUUUAUUGCUGUGGAGUGCUGUGAUCUACUCGUCACACAUUAGAGCUCUGUGAUCUACUCGUCACACAUUACAUUACUCUGAGUUUUAUUGCUUUGGAGCUCUGUGAUCUACUCGUCACACAUUACAUUACUGUGAGUUUUAUUGCUUUGGAGCACUGUGAUCAACUCGUCACACAUUACAUUACUGUGAGUUUUAUUGCUUUGGAGCUCUGUGAUCUACUCGUCACACAUUACAUUACUGUGAGUUUUAUUGCUUUGGAGCACUGUGAUCAACUCGUCACACAUUACAUUACUGUGAGUUUUAUUGCUUUGGAGCUCUGUGAUCUACUCGUCACACAUUAGAGCUCUGUGAGUUUUAUUGCUUUGGAGCGCUGUGAUCUACUCGUCACACGUUACUGAGUUUUAUUGCUGUGGAGCUCGGUGAUCUAUUCAUCACACAUCACAUUACUGUGAGUUUUAUUGCUGUGGAGCUCUGUGAUCUACUCGUCACACAUCUGUGUUUUUUGGUCCGGCUCUCAAUGUUCCACUGCCAGUUCCCAGUAUAGUGAAUAAGGUGUCAGUGAUUUGUGUUUGCACGGAGCUCGUGGAGCACGUUUAGUGAGUCAGUGGCAAGUCAUCCUGAGAGGUAACAGGUAAUCUCCAGGCUCUCGACAAGCACAAAUAGCCUUUUGUUGCUAUUUUGAGAAUUACCUGGAAAACCUGUUUGAGAAAAACACAGUGGGAGGAAGUGAAGACACAUUUAGAACAUUUAUAUGGCUGACAAAGCCUCUCCCUCCUGACACCUUCUAUAGAUACGCUAAUCUCCUAACACCUUCUAUACAUCCACUCAUUUCAACAGGUCUUCAUCCUAAGAAACGGACGGGCCUACAAAACGUGACUUCAAACAAACGCUAUAAGCAGCCUAAACCAGCCGCCAUCCGAGUCACAGAAUAUUCACUGAACUGGCAAUUAGCCUAAUUAACCAGUAUAACCCCUUAAGGACCAAACUUCUGGAAUAAAAGGGAAUCAUGACUUGUCACACAUGUCAUAUGUCCUUAAGGGGUUAGAGGAGCUGCAUUGGAGAAUUAUGCCCACUCGUGCCCUGGAGUAGUCGCUUGUACGCACGCAGUUUGGGGCUCUUGGCUUCUUUACAGCAUGAAACUAACCUCUGCCAUCCAGUCACCUCAAAAAAAGAGACGGUCUAGUGGUAAUUUAUCCCUUGUCUGAGUCCUGCACUGGUUAUUCAAUAAGAAGAGAGACUCCAGGAAAUGUCACAGGCUGUGAGACAGUCUGCACAUAAACAGGAAAACCUGCACAACUUUAGGCUUUCUGACACACACAGGACCUGAGCGAUGUUUGGUUUUAGAAUCCCCCCUUUUCACAAUUCUCUUUAAUUCUUAUUAAGGACCGCCUAUUGCUGAUUAUACCCAGAGCACCGGGAUUGGCUGAGCAAUCUCAGACAAUUCCUGGUCUGGUUAAAGCUCACUGCAGAAGAUGGAUAGGCAGUGAAUUCAAUGAGAUUAUAGUUUUACUCUUGUAUUUUUAUUAUUAUUUUUUUCAUGUGGUUUGGGUGUAACAUCAGACAGACUGUUCUCCCCUGUUAUAGCUGGUUUGAAACCCAUACACAAAUUCUCUUUAAUUCUUAUUAAGGACCGCCUAUUGCUGAUUAUACCCAGAGCACCGGGAUUGGCUGAGCAAUCUCAGACAAUUCCUGGUCUGGUUAAAGCUCACUGCAGAAGAUGGAUAGGCAGUGAAUUCAAUGAGAUUAUAGUUUUACUCUUGUAUUUUUAUUAUUAUUUUUUUCAUGUGGUUUGGGUGUAACAUCAGACAGACUGUUCUCCCCUGUUAUAGCUGGUUUGAAACCCAUACACAAAUUCUCUUUAAUUCUUAUUAAGGACCGCCUAUUGCUGAUUAUACCCAGAGCACCGGGAUUGGCUGAGCAAUCUCAGACAAUUCCUGGUCUGGUUAAAGCUCACUGCAGAAGAUGGAUAGGCAGUGAAUUCAAUGAGAUUAUAGUUUUACUCUUGUAUUUUUAUUAUUAUUUUUUUCAUGUGGUUUGGGUGUAACAUCAGACAGACUGUUCUCCCCUGUUAUAGCUGGUUUGAAACCCAUACACAAAUCUAUUUGCUAAUCCGGGGGUGGGAAAUGCCAGGCCAGUUCCAUCGCUCCCCCGGGCUGUGUCCUAAAAUCACAUCCAUUUUCCCCUCCUGGCCCAGAGACGGCUUCCCCAGCUGGGAACAAAUGCCAGUAAACAGAAGACUUUCUUAAAACGUGAUCUAUUGUUAUAGAGCGCGGGCACGCCUGCGAUGUUGCAGGCUCGUAUUAAUUAUAGACACACAAACCCAAUCCCUCCUCGAAUCCCCAGCCGCUGCCUACACGUGAGUCAGUCUUUGUGUUGUGUUUUUAUUUCUUUUUUUUAUUUUUCCUCGUCGUUUCCUGCCCACUUGAAAUGGGUACAUGCUUCCUGCUGUCAUUCUAUUUGUGCUUUAUCCAUCUCCUACAUCGAGACUGUGUAUUGGUUACUUCCAAGGACGCAGAUCGCCCAUCAUAUUCCCACCCACCUACACUCUCUGACUGCAGAUUAAAAGGAAAGCACGCUGCUUGAAGUGGUUGUAGUGUCUGGAGUCCAGUGGUGCUGUCCUUCCAGCAUUUAAUGUUUUAAUGCUAAACAGCGGAUCCCCUCUGUGCUGCUUGGGCUAGUAAGGAAGCAUUAGAAUGUGGACUGUGAUUUCUCCCCCCCCCCCCAAUACCCUAUGUAUCUCAAGUUGAGCAUUCUGCGUUUUAUGUAUUUCCUGCUAUGGUUUUCCACUGUGUGGGAUAUUCCCAGUUUAGGCGGUUUACGGCCUGCGUAACUGGUCCUUGGUAAGAAAUUCCGCAGCUACCUGAUAAACGUGCCAUAGGUUACUCCACCCAAGGCAAGUUAAAUGUAGCAAGUGAGGGAAAUAUUUACCAAAUAUCAGGCCCAUAUUGUGCUUGUGAGCGACGGCUGGUAAUUUGUAAAAAUAAUCCUCUCCAGACGAGUCAGUACAAGCACAGCAUUUUAUCUACAUGGAUCAUAAUAAGGGCACCUGGUCAUGUGCGCGGAAAGCAGAUCGCUCUGGUUGGAUUCAGUACCAGUAAAGUCAGAAUUCACCUAAUUCACCAACUAACCUGGGAUACAGUCAUUUUAUAAAGCUUGGUAACAGCCCAUUUAAAUUAAUACUGGCCACAUUAUCAGAUUCCGGGCCGGACUUAGAGGGAACUCGGAAAGUAUGUGGAGAAUUUUACACCAUAAACAAUGGUGCAGUGACGUGCAGCCCGAAAAGAUGGUUUUGCAAUGGGGGGGAUUAAUGAUGAUUUGAGUGGUUAUCAUAAGCCCCCCAUUCACAAAAUAGAGUGAAAAAGAUGUGUAUCCUUUUCACAACCAAUCAAUGAACAGUUUACCCCAGAAGGUAAGCUGGCAAGCAGGACCUUCUUGCACCAUAACAACUUAACGGAACACCAUAGUAUCCCUAACAUGUUAGACUAGUUAUUUAGGUUUUCCCAGCCCCACUCAGAAUGGAGUUAAAAGGUAUUUUACUUAUCUUUACUCCAUCGCCGCAGCUGGCCCUACCGCUGUGGCUGAGAUCAUUAAUCUUGACGACCUUAGCCAAGUCAGUGCUUUCCCAUAUGAAAGCAUUGGGAGGCUAUUGCGCAUACGCAGCAAGACUCUGCGCUGCGCCAAUCAGUAUCUCCUCGUAGAGAUGCAUUGCGCCUCCAUGCAGUGUGUGGAAAUGCUAAACGUAGGUGCUGCACACUUUGCAGCACUGAGAUAUGAUGCACCUCUAGUGGUCGCCUGAGUGACUGCACCUAGAGGGGUUCCUAGGCACCAAAGCGUUUUCAUUGCUCAGCCUGGAAGGACAAGCCCUAGACACCAGAACCACUAAAUUAAGCUGUAGUGGUUCUGGCGACACUAGUGUCCCUUUAAUUCGGAUGAAGUUGUGCAUGUAGUGUUUCUUUAUAAAUAUGGCUGUAAAUGUUGCAGUAACUGUGUUUAUUAUCUGUGGGUGUGUAUUAGCCAUUCUUCCUGUGUGGUGCAGAAACGAGAAAUAAAUACUUUGCUACCUGCUACAUAAAUGGGGACACAGUAAUUUUGAACCCAACCUGAUUGAUUUUACUUGCACACCGCCACUAGGGGUGCUGGAGAGCAGCCCUGCUGUGGGGCUAUUGCCAUCUGUGGUGUAUUGAAUGAAGUAAACAGGAAUUCCUCUGUCCUGUGUCAGACAUUCCUGGCUCGCUGAACAAACAGGAAGGUGUGUGACGCAGCCCCUCCUCGGGAGGCCGGCUCUAUUCAACAGCUGCUUGGCAAAACAUUGGCAGCGGCUUCUCUUAACCCUGGGAUGGCCUUCUGCAAAAAGCUAUUACUAAAUGCAGUGCAGUCCCAUCCGAGCAAUGGAUAGUGAGCCAAAGUAACCACUGACAUAUUACAGCAAGCAUGUCAAGUUCAAAGGCUAACACGGGCCAAAUAAACAAGGUUUACGUUUAUGUGGGCCGCAAAAUCACAAAAACGUCAGUUUUCAUAGAAACAUAGGUUUAUUUAAAAAAGUACAGUAUAAACAGUCGCCUAACUGACACUGGACGUCCUCAUGCUCGUAGGGCUUCAAAGUAAACAAAAGAGCAAAUUAAUCAUAAGGAGACGGCAUUUUUAUAUAACCAAUGUUUCAGUCCAACUAGCUUGACAUAUUUUGAAAAGUUUGGUGAUGGGACUGAAAUGGUAGAUGUAUGCCGUUGCACAGCUGCAAAAAACCAAUGACAUUAUCUUGUCCUAUUAGUGUGUUCUUCACUUUGGCUGAGAUCAUCGAACUUAAUGAUCUCAGCCAAUCCAAUGCUUUCCCAUAGGAAAGCAUUGGGAGGCUAUUGUACAUGUGUGGCAAAACGGUGCGCUGUCAGUGAGCUUUUCCACGAGGAGCAUUCAGCGCUUCCAUGCAGACCCAAUCUAAUACACUGCCCCCAAAGCCCAUGCAUUCCCCCUCUCUCAACUCUAAUACACUGCCCCUUAAUCUAAUACACUGCCCCCCUCACUCCACUCUAAUUGAAUACACUGUCCCCCUCCCCCAACUUAAUACACUGCUCCCUUCCCUCUCCAAUUUAAUACACUGCCACCCUGCCUUCCCCAAAAGAAUACACUGCCUCCUCCCACCCCAGAUUGAAUUAACUGCCGCUCGUCCCCUACCUUAACAUGAGCCACCCGUCCUCCAGUUCCAGCCCUGCUCUUCUCUGCUCAAGCAGGCCACACGCUCCUCUGCACUGCGAUCAGGAGGGACGGGGAGUGGCUGGCACUGCGAGCAGGAGGGAAGGGGGAGUGGCUGGCACUGCGAGCAGGAGGGAAGGGGGAGUGGCUGGCACUGCGAGCAGGAGGCAAGGGGGAGUGGCUGGCACUGCGAGCAGGAGGCAAGGGGGAGUGGCUGGCACUGCGAGCAGGAGGGAAGGGGGAGUGGCUGGCCUGCUCUGCAGACAGACACUCUGCACACUGUAGCGCCACUGCCGGAUAUGCCAUCGGAGCACGCGAUCGGCCGUGGAAGGGCAGACAGGAAAGAUCUUUCCUGGCUUGUGGCUGGUCACAGCCACCGCACAAUGUGGCCCCAGGCAGGUGGGCCGCAAGUUUGACAUGCUUCUAUUACUCUGUGACACUUAAAGGGACAAUCCAAUCACCAUAACCACUACAGCUCACUGUAGUAGUUAAGGUGUGUUCCCAGACUAAGCAUUGUAGAACGGUUUGACAACUUUGACACACUGGAUUCGGUGAUUGAGCUGCCUCUUGAACUGUACCAGUAAACUACUAGUCAUGAAUUCCACCUCUGGUUUUACUUCGACUUUGCAACUUUCCUGGGUCCUCUUGGUGCCUUGCUGCUUUCUGUCUUUUUCUGCAGGAGAAGCAAGGUCUGUUUAUGUAGCUAAGGAGGUCCGAUACAGAACUGUGUUAACUGGCAGAGAGCUCUCAACUAACUGGUGCUCUCCAUGGAAAUUAUGGAUGUUUGGGCUGCGGAGGCUGGAAGAGACCCAGGCUGUUGGGGUGCUUAGAGUGUCACUGGUACACUGUGACCCUAGAAGGGACUGACCAUUAAACAUGUCACUGUCAUUGGUACACUGUGACCCUAGAAGGGACUGACAAUUAAACAUGUCACUGGUACACUGUGACCCUAGAAGGGACUGACCAUUAAACAUGUCACUGUCAUUAGUACACUGUGACCCUAGAAGGGACUGACCAUUAAACAUGUCACUGUCAUUAGAACACUGUGACCCUGGGAAGGACUGACCCCUUAACAUGUCACUGUCAUUAGAACACUGUGACCCUGGGAGGGACUGACCAUUAAACAUGUCACUGUCAUUAGUACACUGUGACCCUAGAAGGGACUGACCAUUAAACAUGUCACUGGUACACUGUGACCCUAGAAGGGACUGACCAUUAAACAUGUCACUGUCAUUAGUACACUGUGACCCUAGAAGGGACUGACCAUUAAACAUGUCACUGUCAUUAGAACACUGUGACCCUGGGAAGGACUGACCCCUUAACAUGUCACUGUCAUUAGAACACUGUGACCCUGGGAGGGACUGACCAUUAAACAUGUCACUGUCAUUAGUACACUGUGACCCUAGAAGGGACUGACCAUUAAACAUGUCACUGUCAUUAGAACACUGUGACCCUGGGAAGGACUGACCCCUUAACAUGUCACUGUCAUUAGAACACUGUGACCCUGGGAGGGACUGACCCCUUAACAUGUCACUGUUAUUCGUAUACUGUGUCCCCGGGAGAGAGUGAUUAUUUAAAGUGCCCCAUCUUGAAUUUUUGCACAAGUCAGUAGAUAAAAAAAAAAAAUUACAUUUGACUUUUUCUUUUUUCCUAAAAUUUAAUAAUUUUUUAACUUUGUAUUUAUGAUUUUUAUUUAUUUUUCACAUCACAUACAUGUGCAAAGUGAGAGUUUCAUCAGGACGCUGUGAAAAUGGAUAUGAAGUACAAAUGUUAAUACGUUUAUUUUCUUUAUUAUAUAUCUUUUUAACCAACUUGUCCUACAGACUGCGUGGAAUAUGAUGCUGGGAUUUGGUAGGUUGUGGAGCUGUACGAGGUGUAAUAUUGAAUCUAAAUCCAUCCUUCCAUAAAAUGAAGCUUGGUGUGCCUUUAAACCUGCUGCUGCUUUGCUUGUCCUGGGAUCCCAGGCUGUAACUCUGUCCUCGGCUGACAGUAAGCUCUGCUCCUGCAGUGUCUGCUUUAUGUCACCGUUAGCAUAUAAUGGCCCUAGUAAUAUUCAAUAAAUCCUGCAUUAUGUGUCUGUCUGGCAUGGACCGGUGCUCCUGGGAACCUCGUUUAUCAUUAUUGCCCUGUGGGUGUGUUGAUGCAUGUAUGUGGUUUCACCUCUUACCUUCUUUGCUAUCCACCACAAAAGGCCAAGCGAGGUCAUGUAUGUGAACCAGUCUGCCUGCGGGAGGUCAGGGGUUAACCCUCAAUACAAACACUCUAUUUUACUCCUGUGUCAUGGAAAAAUUCUCCUGGGGUUGCAGUUACUGAGCAACUUUUCAACGUCAGCACCAACCCCUCCCCGGUCGCUGUGCUCCGUCUUCCUCACUUCGAUCUCUCGGCCUUUCUUCGCAGACAAUGCUACUGCUCAGGUGUCUGCCAUGGAACCCCAGGUGAAAGGUGUAACUUCACCGGUAUGUUGGAAAGGGUUUGAGCAUAGCAGGUGGGUGACUGGUCUCAGGGAGGUGGUUUUACUCACCGGAAUAUGGUUUAUAAUUAGUUCUUUAAUUAUUUCAUUUGAAUCAUCAUGUACCUAAUAGCAUUAUAUUUUGUAUAAGGGGGUAUGUUGGCUUAUAUUAUGAUUACCUACGUGCAGCCUGAUACUGCUCUGGGUCUGUACUUACCUGCAGUGUGUUACCGCUCUGGGUCUGUACUUACCUGCAGUGUGUUACCGCUCUGGGUCUGUACUUACCUGCAGUGUGUUACCGCUCUGGGUCUGUACUUACCUGCAGUGUGUUACCGCUCUGGGUCUGUACUUGCCUGCAGUGUGUUACUGCUCUGGGUCUGUACUUGCAGCCUUGGCAGUGUGUUUCUGCUCUGGGUCUGUACUUACCUGCAGUGUGUUUCUGCUCUGGUAAUGUACUUACCUGCAGAAUUUUGCAGCUCUGUCUCCAUACCUACAGGCAGCCUUUUACUGCUCAGGAUGUGUACCUACCUGCAGAGUGUUACUGUCCAAUAUAUGUACCUACCUGCUGGAAGUACAAUGCUAAUUAUUCGUGCAUCCUUGAAAGAUAUUGCUGUGUUUAUAAUUUUUGCAAGGAAGACAAAUUUUGUGGCAAGUUGAGCUUUCGGGAAAUCACCGGUCUGUGCCCAGGGUAGAAUGGCACGAGGAUUUAUAGCGCUUGGGUUCCCAGAUCAGUUCAUUUUAAUUAUAAUGGUCUGGCAUGUUCUGCAGCUCUCCUUAUCAUUGGAAAGACUACUGCACUCUGCACAGGAGAAUCGGCUGCCGGCAAUAUAAAAGUGGUAUGAAAGCGCUGAUCGUGGCAGUGUGGUAGGUACUCUUACCCUUUUGCAGUGGUCUUUGUUUUUUGUACCGUCUCUUUUUUCUAAAUUGUUAAGCGCUGCAGAAUUUUUGGAUCCUUUUUAACUGAACUUAUAAAUAGUAUGUAUUUCAUACAGUGCCAGAAUUCUGAGAAUUGUUAUUUGAGUACGUGGCUUUAACUCUACCAGACUCCGGUUCUCCUUUGUGUAUGUUUUGUGUUUUUAUAGUUUGCUAUGGCAGUCUGCUUUCUAUGGAGAGGUGAGAUUUGUUUUGUUGGUUUCGUGGAAAGGCUGAUUUCUGGUCAGCAGAUUUAAUGUUCUACACAUUUGUUUUGUUUACAUUAAACCAUACAUAUCCUGAACAAUUUUCAUUGUGUAGUUCCAUUGGUCCAAGAACAAGUUUUACAAUAUAUUAUACUCAUGUUAUGUACACAGCUACUUUAAAGGGAUACUCCGACACCUGGAGCACUUUAGUUUCUUGAAAUUGCCUUAUUUUUGAAGUGUCCUUCUUUUAAAAAUAAAAUAAAAUAAAAUCCUUUUACAAAAAGUGCAGAUUUCAACAUAAAUGUACACUUUUAUAAAUGAACCUGGUUUCACCCCCUGGCUGUCAAUCAUACAGCCGAUCCUGUUACUUCCUGGUUUGUUUAGCUCAGUUGAGAUAAACUCAAGAGGCAGCAACUGCCCAGAGCAUCUGCCUUGCAAAGACUUCUCAUUGAACUGCAUUGGGAAGUCUGUGAUUGGAUAGACACAAAAUGUGGGCGGGGUUAGAAGGGGAGGGUUUGCAAAGGCUGCAGAUAACAGAUUAAUAUUAAUUCAUGUUGUUAUAUCUAUAGAAAACUAUUAUCUUUAUUUAUUUGGGCAGUGGUGUGUCCCUUUAAAAAUAAUCUUGGGAGGUAAGAUGUAGAAUAAAAUAAGUAGACAUACAGGACAUGGCACACACGGUAUACACAUGGUGAAGUUUCUUGUUUUAUAUAAUUAUAUAUAUAUAUAUUUGAGGUAAUUCCUGAUUGUAGACUGAAAUGUUCACUUAACUUUGUACACAGAAAGUGUGAAAGCUUCAAAUAUGAAGAAAUAAAGACUAUUACCAUAGAAGACCAUGAGUGCACAUAUAUUAAUUAUAGCUGGGGUAUCCCUUUAAUUGUGUGCACAGACGCUUUAAAAGGACAUUGUUAUUGCCUUCUAUGUUUUACUAUGUAUUAUCUCCCUGAAUAUUAUAAAAUUGCUUUUGAAUCAGUACAGAUAUAUUUGCAUACAUUUUCUAUUUUCUCUGAUUGCUCAUAUUCCACUCUCAUUAUCUCUUGUGCAAAGAAAAUAUAUUCAAAUCUUUCCGGCAAACAAUCCACUGGCUCUAAUCGCCGCCAUUACUGGAGAGAUUCAUUACUUCUAAGGUUUCUUACUGAUCUCUACAGACACAUUAUACUGAGACCGUUAGAGCUAAAACAUUCCGGAUCACAUGACCGGUUACUGAAACCAACUAAACUGCAUUAUUCUGUUGGGGUUUAUUUACUAACCUUGGGAAUUGCAAACCUAAGUACAAAAUAAUCAAACUGGAAAAAUGGCCUGAAAUUCCCAUGUAAAUCUCCCACGAUUCCCUUGUUAUAGAAUGCAAAUGAGCUUCCAGUCAUGUCGUACGUUUGGAUUACAGCAAUUAAUGUGACAAGACAGGUAUGCGGCAUUUGAAAACUAUUUUAACUUGGAAUGUUUGCCCCCAUGAUGACAAUUUGUCUAUUAUGGAAUCCGCUCGAUUCUGUUCUGCAAAUUUAUAAGCUGUAACUGAUCCACCUGCAGGACAAUAGAUUGUGCUAUUUAUUCAACAACAGGGUAACAGGCUUACAAAGACCGUGCUUUAUUAAAAUGAUUAGAUUUGUGUUCACAUGUGCGUCAAAUGUAAAAAAUAGCUACUCCACACUUUAUACAUUGGUGACUUUUGGCCGACUUAUUCUGUAUUGCGGCAAAAUAAACUGUCUUUCUUCCACGUUAUUUCUCAUUUACAUUUUUUGUUCCUUUUUUUUAUGAUUUUACCACUGAUUAUGUUAACAAGGUAGAACUAAUAUUUGUAGGGGAAAAAAACCCACAUAUUCACAAUUUAAAUGAGAAAACUGCUUGCCCAUUCCAGCAAAACAGGAACACUGUGCACCCUUGCACCCCGUUUUUGAUAUAUCUUGCCACCUAUGGUGUGUACUACAUAUUGGGGGCAGAUCACAUCCACUAAAUAAUAAUUUCAAAAUAAAAUGCCUUGUGAUAUAGGAAUCAUAAUGGCUGCACUCUAAGAAAACUUACAGCUCUGCUGCCCAAGGCUGGAUCUCUAAGGGUUCACUGGCCCCAGAGAUACAAUACGAUGUUUGCUAAUUCCCAUGACAGCUGUCCUGGCAUCCAUUAGACUUCUAAUUGUCUAUUUAGUCCCAUUAUCCUCAGCGAGCUCUGUAUGGGAUUGCAGUGCAGAAUGUGCCUUAACCCCAUUUUAGGAUGUUUUUCCCCUUUGGCCAGAGAAUUUGUUUUAAAUUCUGCCAUUUGUUGCACACAUUAGUACUCCACACGUGCAGCCUGGGCAAAUGUUACAGACUGCUGGAGCCUAAGGGUUUUAUUUAUACAUGUGCGUGUGUGUAUGAUCUUUAUUCUGUAUUUUUGGAGCAGUACUUUCAUUGUGUUAUCCAGGCAAUGCUUGCCAACAGCAGUAACCGUUUUACGAGCCCUGUCUCCUUAAAGUUGGUUUUAUGGCCAGCAGUGUGUGUUGCACUGUGUGUACACUCUGCUUGUUAACAGGUGUACGCUAUGGACAGGUAGAUAUCACUAAAACACAUCUGGAUUAGAUUUGAUGUUGGAUUGUUGUUAUAACACUGGAGUGUGUAGCACAUUAUAAUUGUGCAGUUCAGGUAUUGUGGUUUUAUCCCAUUUUUUUCACACACCUGAUUUCCCUUUUUUUAGUGCUGCAAAAAUGUCCUUUAUAUUUCUUUUUUGAUCCAUCAAGUGUAAAGCAUAGAUCAGAGAUAUUCUGUGUAACACGCACACAGAUGCACGUGUUUGAAGCGUGUGCACUAGCAGAGCAUACACCCACUGUUGUUCCACGGAAACAAUAGGCGGAAACCUCAGAUAUAUGGGGGGUGAUUUUCACUUUUUCUACUUAAAUGUUGACUCUCAGAAUUGGCGUUCAAUGGCUUGGCACAGCUCUCAUUGUGCCUGCAGAGUCACCAAGGUGCCAGUGAAAACCCACCGGCAAUAAGAUGACUGGGGUAACGUCUUUCCUGAAUGUUUGAAUAAAAUGUGGUUAUGGGGUUACAUGGGUCAUGGCACUUCUGUAACCACAAGUCUCACGGGGUCUGUCAGUUGGUGCUCCAGUCUCGCUGGAUCUCUAAUUCUGCAACCACAACCCUCUGGGGUCUGCCUGUGAGCCGGGAUCUGUGAUUCAGUACUAACCAGGUGCAAGUGAACAUAAUAAUGAAAAAAUCAACUGCGUGUCAAAGACGUACAGUCACAAUCAUGAUGGAUUUGUCUUCCUUGCUCUUUAAUCCUCAAAAAUCAGUAUACCGAAUCUACUUAGUGGUACGGCGAAAAAAUACCCAUAAAGAUAUAUUCACCCAGAAAUGAACACUUGCAAGAAAUAGACUUUGAAAACAAGAUUUUUUUACGAUUAAUGCCAGAUUCUCGCCCGUAUUAAUAGUUCCUUUUUAGAAAUGUUUUUGCUCAGUGUUAGUGAAUAGAAAACUGCGAAAAUACAAUUCUCCUCACUGUCUGAUUAGUUAACACCAAUAAAACAAUUAUAUGUUCAUGUCUUUUUUUAUUAUUCUGUUUUAACUCCCUCUACAUGCUAAUCUAAAUCUAGAUCUGCACCAAUUAAACAAAUUAAUAAUGGGUUAUAAAUAGCGCACAAAGAGCCGGAUUAAUUAUGCUGUCACUGUGUGACUCCAGGCAACGCAUUAAUUAUCUGUAAUUUAACAAUAAACUCCAAGUACCCUCUAUGUUCUAUAAAAGUCAUUUCUGCCCUAAAUUUCUCCUGGCAGGGAGAUGCCAUCUUUAGGUAGGCAUCGCUGCGACGAGCUGAUUAAUUAGGGGAAACCAGCAUAGCAGAUACGUUUUGUAUUUUAGUCCUGUAAAGCAUUAAUAAGAUUCUAGCAGUGUCUGGCCCUGUGUAUAUACAUUAAAUAGAGUGAUAUGUGGUCUAGGUGUUCCUGCCAGUCUCUGACUCUCUAUAAAAUACAGUAUUUGGAUUACACGCAGGUGAAAUGUCUAUUUGUUUGCAUGUUUAAUUCAUUGGUAACUUGUUUGCCAGCUGACCCUGCAUGUGUUUGCACAGAGAUGUUGUUCUCUAUUCUCUGUACAGCUCACACCAUUCACCUCCAAACCGCAAUGAAACCACAGUGGAAAAAUAGACAUCAUGACUGCGCUCACAAGGAGGGGCGCUCUGCAUGAGCGGCCCGUGAUUGGCUGACCUGGGACACAUUGUUUGCCAGUAGAAGUAGGUUAAGUAACUGUGAUUCUUCUGAAUAAACCGAGCACAGUUUACAUCGUAUUUCUUGAUUUCUGCAGAUACAUUUCAUGCUGUGGAGAUAAAAUAGUAAUCCCAUGACAGACUUGCCCAUUUAAUUACUUUAACCUUAUGAUCGACUGAACCCUAAACCUGUCACUGCCCUGUCAGUAGUACACUGUGACCCUGUAAGGGACUGACCCUUGAAGGAACACAAAAAACCUCUAGCUUAAUGAAGUAGUAUUAGUGUAUAGAUCAGGGGUUGGCAACAUCUCCCUUGAUGCUUUGCCAGCAUUAUGUCUGUAAGGGAAUUAUGGGAGAUGUAGUCUAUAACAUCUUGAGUGCCAACGGUUUUCUACUCCUGGUAUAGAUCAUGCCUCUGAUGUUUAACUACUCAAUUCUUUGCCAUUUAGGUGAAAUCACUUUGUUUCUGUUCAUGUAGCCCUAGCCACCCUUCCCCUGGCUGUGACACAGCCUGCAUGGAAAGAAAUGGUUUUACUUUCAAUCAGAUGUUAACUUACUUUAACAGUUUUUAUCUCCUGUUCUGUAAAUAGAACUUUAAUUACACAGGAGGCUUCUGCAGGGUCUAGUAAGCUAUUAACAAAGCAUGAGGUAAUCAAUUCUAAAUUAAACACAAUUUCCAAUAAAGGGAGUUUAAAUAUUAGAUCUCUCUUUGAAGGAAGUGUUUAGGAAGGCUGUGUAAGUCACAUGCAGGGAGGUGUGUCUAGGGCUGUAUAAACAGAGUGAUUUAACUCCUAAAUGGCAAAGAAGUGAGCAGUAAACCUGAUCUAUACACACAAACCGCUUCAUUAAUCUAAAGUUGUUUUGGUGACUGUAGUGUUCUUUGAAAAAUGUCACUGUUAUUAGUACUCUGUGAUCCUGGGACGGACAGACCCUUAAACAUGUCAUUGUCAUUAGUACAUUUGUGGUAUGGCUCCUUGAAUGCUUGUUAACAUAUAUGGACGAUGCACGGUUCUAUGAUUUUAGGAAAUGUGGCUAAUGAUAAAAUCGCCAUACUGUGUUUGGUGGGCUUCCUUAAUCCAAUAUCUAAUUAGUUAUUAGUUAUUUUAUAAAAAAAACUUGGACCUUUUGAGAUUUUAAGGUCAGGUACAUGUUUACUUUAUAGUAACACUGAGCCCCAUAACCACUAGCUUAUCCGUAAUUGGGCCUUCUACACACCACAGCCACAGCCAAGGACUACUGUUUUACCCUGGUAUGGGUUUUUUAAUACACCAACUCAGACUGGAAGGAGCAUGGGCUCUUGACACAACAAGUUAAGUGUCAGAAUGUUUGUAAAUGGUCUGUCAGAUUGCUGGCGAACAGGGACUCCUGGCCAUGAUGGUAUGAUGUAGUGAAUAUGGUGCCUCGAGUGUCACUUUAAGACUGUAAUUAUAUCCAUUAACCCUCUGCUAUUUAAAGCCAAUAUUAGAGACUAACCUUGAGUGCUGCGUAUGUAAAUACAUGGAAAGCAAUUUAUGUUUGAGAUAUGUUUCCCUUUAGAGCCAAACAAUGUGUUCUUUAUCUAUAGAGAGACAGCCUUCAGCUAGUAGAUGGUUUCUUUAGGAAGUAUGGUGAGCCACUAAUUAAACGUUUUAACAAAGGGUUAUAUAUAGCGUAUGAAAGAUUCGUUUAGUGACAUUGUUACUCUGAGCUGUCAUUUUGUUAUUAAUAGCACAUGUGCUUCACUUUAAACUCUAUUUAUAAGGAAACAAGCUUUAGGGCUGAAUUGUAAGAUUCUCUACUUCCGUCUCCUUGAGAAAACUCUGUAUAAAAUUCUCAGUGGGUAAAUUAUUUUUCUCAAGAAUGGAGAUUCAAGGGGAAAACGGCCAAUGACCUUUGGAGAAAAAUGAACGUAAAAAAACUAAAAUAAAAACAUUUUAUUGAAUACAUAGCUACCAAGUGACUCUGUUUAGAAUGGACAGUCCUUAUUGUUGACCCAAAUCCAUAUUUCCAUUUUUUCCUACGAGGAAUAUCUGAGGUUAAUUCACACAGUUUACUUUGUUUUGAUAUCAGUUAGGAAUUGUGUGCCAUAACUAUUCUCUUCACAAUUCUUUCCCCUCUUAAUGGUUGCUAAAUGACAAUAAAGUCAUACAGACCACUUGAAUUCACUGCUUUCCUAUGAGAGAGACUCCAUGUGCAUCACAUUGGGUUAUACCACCCCUGGAGGAGGACAUGACUCCUCAAUGACGAGGCAAAAAGGUAACUACAACCUUUUCCUUCAUUUAAUGGUGAACAGGGGGGCUCUGAACUAAAUAGGGUCACUAUAGUAUUUUAAAUACAGGUUUGUACUCCUAUCAUUGUAGUGUUCCUGUUUGAUGGCACUUUUUUUAAUGUUGCUGUUACAAUAAAUGGAGACCCGUUAGGGCUACCUGGUCGAUUGUCAUCUUUGACCGAUGUCUCUGUGGUCAGACCUUGUUAGUUCAAGCUCUCUGUAAACAUUUAUCCUAAAGAACAAAUCUAUAACACCACAGCCGGCGCAAUGUUUGUCUCUCUGUUUACACUUUCAUAGUGUAAACAUUUACUGUUUGACAAUGGUCACACUCCGACAAAUAUAUAAACGCAACAUGACAGCUUCUCACUGACCUGAGAUCGUCAGACAUUGGAUACAUUUCAAUAAGCAAAGCUGAGUCUAUUCCCGUCUAUUCGCUCUCCAUUAUCUGUGUCAUUACAAAGUAUUGAGGACUCCGGCUCUGCGUAAUGGGAGCUACUGUUUUAUUGUCUUGGACUUGUGAGCUUUAAUUUUGUUACAUUAAGUGAUGAAUAACCGCAAGGUGCAUUGUAACAUGUUGUUGUUGUUAUUAUUAAUACAUUAUAUUUUUAGCAGCCUUGUUUUUAGCUUAACACUGUAGCACUUUAUUUACUAAAUAAUGGAAUGUGGAUAUCUGCAAUAUCAUGGCGUUAGAUUUAUUUAAUUUAGUCCCACAAAUUGCCAUUUCUCUGCCGGUUCUUCUAUAAUCCCUGUUUAGAGGAUAAUGUUUCUCAUUUGAUUGCAGAGUCUAACCUUGCAGUAGGGCCAGUGAAUGGAUUGCAACUGUAUAUUGUUAGGAAUGUGUUGGUACUUUUUCAAUAAACCCCUAAAAAUGAUACCAAUGGAAUUCUAGAAUAACAUCGCAGCACUUGCUUUUGUGUGAUACAUGAUUCCCUCUUUAUACAUAAAUCUCUGACUAGUUCCAUUAUAUCCAGUUAUUCCAUAUUCCGUGGUGUUUGUUAAAUAAUAUUCUGCUCUUGCAUGAAGGUCUGACCCAGCAUUGUGUUAAAAGCUUUAGUUUGUUGGGAAUAAAAACGCCAUUGUGUUUUUAAAAUAGAUCUUUUUUUUACGGAAACAAUCUGUUGUUUUCGGUAACUCCCAGUCUUGUACUUUCCGCAUUACUAUAAGAUUUAUUGAAUGUCAGUGAGAAUUGUGUUUUAGAGCUUCUAAGAAUUUGCAAUAAGUUGAUACAAGUCAUGGCUGUCCUCCCCCCCCCAUGUUUAUUAUUCAGUGAGUAUGUCCAGGGUGGUUAGGUUUGGCAAACUGCUGUGGUCAGCCAAAGGAGAUAUUCAGUAUUGUAAUGUUGGCAUCUUAAAGUAAAGCGAACCCAACAGGACUAGAAUGAUGGGUUAGAUGAGCCGGCAUGCCCUGCGGUCAUGUGUAGUGUUUUUAUAAAAGGGACAGGUUUUUACCCUUAAAGUGGCAGAAUGUUGUUUAAACCAUUCUUUACCCCUUUGGCCUUUUAAAGAAUAAAAAACAUGAGCAAUAUGGUCACUUCGAAGUCUUUACCUUAAAUCCUGCAGAAAGGAGGGGUGAGUGGAGCGGAAGCUGCCAGAGUAUCUCUCUCUCUCUCUCUCUAUUUUACGCAAGCAUGUUAGUGGAGUUAGGACUUUGCCCGAUCCUAUACCAAACGUUCAGAUUCAGGAGAGCCCAUGCUUUCAGGAGACAGAUUUCUGCUGUCUCUGUCCAGCUCUCGGCUGUAUCGUACUUACCAGAUAUGCACAUCUCACAGACGGCACAUUAUGUGUGGUGAUGGAUUUGGCCCCCGGUGAGGUAGGAUUCUUGUAAAUCGCCUGAUUUGCUCAUUUAACAUUUCUGAGGCAGGACCUGUACUUUCUGACCUCAUUACCCAAUCUCGUAAUCGCUGUGCUGGGAUGGCUGUUUACCCAAAUCUAUCUAGGUGUUUGCAUCACUGGCACGGCUUUAGAUUGUUUUGGGGGAUUUCAGAAGGUCCGUGAGAUACAAGUGACGUUGUGUUUGCAAAACUCAUGUAUGUGCCUUCCGUUUUACAGCUCUGCUUCGUUGAGUUUUUCGUCACUGUACAAGCUUUUAUUUGCAUUGCGAAAACCGUAUGCUCUAAAAUUGGUCCCUCCCUCUUUAUUCCUUCCUAAAACAUCAGACUGGUCAGUGUCCGAGCUCACACCAACUUUUUUUCCAUCCGUAUUCAUACAUUGUACACGUCUUAGAUUACUGGCCAAUUGCAGCUUUAAAAUACCCCACUCUAUAAUGUACUAUUUCUACGUGUUAAGUCUGAGUCUCCCUCAUUCUCUGCGAGGUCAGCAAACACCCUCAUAUUUUAAUUAAUUGUUAGACUUCUCGCAAGCAGCUCCCUUCCUAUGGAAUAGCCUGCCUAUUGCCGUCAGACUCUCCCCUAGUCUUCAAUCAUUUAAGAAGUGCCUUAAAACCCAUCUCUUUAGGGAAGCUUAUGGUCUCCCAGAGUAACCUCUAACUUACAUACCUGUCUCUUGCUCUCUCCUAAAAGGCAGCACUCUACUCUCUCCUCCAGCUCUGCUUCACUCCCACCUUGUUUUAUUGCUACCUCCUGUCCUAACGUGUUUUAUACCCCACCUCCUAUAGACUGUAAGCUCGUUUGAGCAGGGUCCUCUUCAACCUAUCAUCCCUGUAAGUUUUCUUGUAAUUGUCCUAUUUAUAGUUAAAUCCCCCUUUCAUAGUAUUGUAAAGCGCUACGGAAUCUGUUGGCGCUAUAUAAAUGGCAAUAAUAAUAAUGUUUAAAAAAAAAAAAAAAUCCAACAUUUACUCCAACGGUUUAUUUGCAAGACAAAGAAAUCGCAAAUUUUAGGCUGAAAUAGCUUUAGGCAUUAAAGUUGGUGAAUUCUCAAUGUUUGGUGUAAAAUUUGCAAUUCCCUAGUUAUUUUUUCACAAUAUAAAUUCUUGCUGGCUCUACACAGGGACAAUUCACCAUCUGUUAGUUAUCAGGCUACAACAAUGUAUAUAUUGUAUCCCUGUGAUGUACUCCGAUACAGAUUAUGUGGACACUGUAAAUGGUUUAUAUUGUGGUGCAGUAUGGAUCGUUGGACAGUGGAGGCUGUGAGAGUUCAGUUUUGUUUCCUGAACAUUUGAUCCCAGAGAACAUCAGAUGGUGUUUGGUGGAGGGGGCUGAGUUGGCUGAACGCACGCCCAUUCUUUUCCAUUUCCCAGGUUCAGCUGUUUUUAUAAUCGGCCCUCGGGACAGUUCGCAUGCAGCGUGUUGUUUGUGUUCAUAGGGAGCUGGUCCAGGAGGUGAAUACAUUUUGUUUGUAUUUUUAGGGAGAGUCCUAUCCUGCCCCUUUUGCUAAAUAUGCCCAAGGAUUCAUCUUAAUUCAACUUCCUUUAAGGAAACUUUGCAUCCUUUAUGUCUUACAUUUACUGGAAUAAUGCCAGCUUUGACGAAGCUCUCAACACACGCACGUCAUAAACAUGUCUUGUCUUGAGUGCUCUUCUUGGAAGGAUGAAGCUGUGAGGUUUUGUAAGUCUGUUUCAGCAGGUCGCUCUCCGCUUUUUGUGUUUUGUUCACUUUAGUGUAUUUGGGGCGGUGUGUCCAUUGCAUGGAGCUGUGGAUGGCCAAUGCUGCCCUCCCAUUCCCAGUUUAAAAUCCAGCCUUUAUUCCUUUUUAUUUUGGAUAUCAGGACAAAUAUGUAUAAAGCCUUUCUAAUAUACUGCGGUGUCUAUCAUUCCAUUGUACAGCGCAGCAAUGCGGAAUCUGAUGGCGCUAUAUAAAUAAUAAAAUAAUAAUCAUUUCAGCCGAUCGGCUUCUCCGUGCAACAUGUCUAUUUGCGUAAAAUAUUUCCACCUGAAAUUCCGCUCUCAUCGACUUCACAUCUUGUCCCUCUGUGUUUAGCUUUUUCUUACAAAAUGUCACCUUCUUGUACUUAUAGUCCCUUGAGGUUUUGUACAUUUGAAAAAAUUGUCCCCAAAACCUUCGUUGCUCCAGGCUAAAUGUAUUUUCGAUUUUCGGUCUCUUUUUAAUAAGUAUUAUUGUGCAGAACUUGGCACUAUUCUGGUUGAGCUUUUUUUGGCUUUCCCAUUUAUAUAUAAAAUAAACCCUAAAUUCUGUUUUUUUUGUCACUUCACAAUAGACCACAACGUGAUACAGAUAGAUUUACUUGGUUAGCCCCCGGUCUGUACAGUUGCCUCUUUAUAGACAUGAACAUAUAUAAGCAAACCUGUGAUUUAUCUUUUGGUUUUCCAUGGUGAUCGUGGCGUGUAGAUUUUUCUUUUUUUGCCCCAUGGUAUAAAUAGGCUUGUUUGGCGAAUUGUGGCCCUGCCUCCAGUGAAUGCCAGUCACUAGCCGAUAAUCUCAGCCUCUUUCCUGCUUGUUCUGGAGAUAGCACAAGGUCGGGCCUUUCAAAACAAUUUACGUAGAAAUGGCGUAUCCAUAUAAAGGCUAUAACUCUUCUAACUUUAAAAAUAACAAAAGCUAACAUUCCGGUUUAUUGACAGCUGCAUAAACCUUUAUGAAGUAAACAUAACCCAAAACUCAACUUCAGUUUUUCCUUUUUUUUUUCAGAGGUCGUGGAAGAAGUUAAAAAACAUUGUCCACUGGUCACCAUUUGUGGUGUCCUUUAAGAAGAAUUACCCGUGGAUACAGCUGGCGGGGCAUGCAGGUAAGGGAGCGCAGGACUUAGCAGGCACAGUCCUCUAAAAAGAAAAGCCUACAAUAAGACGAAAAGGAGGGGAAUGGGAAAGGGGAAACCCGCUGCCGCGAUGUGGCUAACACCGAGGGGUCAGCCUCCAUUAAAUAGCUGAGACAUAUUCUGUCCAUGGAAGCCAUGUAUUUUCAAAUUCUGGAAUCUGUUAUGAACCAAAGCAGUUAGGCUAUCUAUUAAGUGAUUCUCUUUAAUUUUAAUUAUGACAUCUCUCUUUGCUGAGGCUCUGUGUAUAGCCAGGAUGCAGCCCGCGCUCUUCUAGCAAGUGUAGUGGGCAAGAGGAGCCUUUAAGUUGGACAGUCCUUGAGGUUGGGUCAGUUGGGCUUAUAGCCCACAUUUGCCACAGAAAUCAAGGUUGCCUCAUCCUGAAGGAGUUGCUCCCUAGUUGAAGCCAAGUCUAGGAAGGCCGUAUGAAGCUGAAAGAAGCUGCAGUGUUUAAUUCCCCUGUUUUGUCCCACAGGUAAUUUCAAGGCCGGGGAAUAUGGGAAAAUCCUAAAGAAGUUCUGCCUGUCUGAGCAGCAGUGUCUGGAAUGGCUGAACAGAGACUCGCUGCGACCCUUUGUCCCAGGAUAUUAUGGCGUGGUGGAGAAGGAUGGAGAGACCUACAACCAGAUGGAAGAUCUUCUCUCAGAGUUCGACUCUCCAUCCAUCAUGGAUUGCAAAAUGGGAGUCCGGUAAGAGACCAUGCAUUGCUCUGCUGGUAUUGUGCCCAGAACUAUUCUGCUGCCUUCUGGGGUGUUUAAAUAAGGAAUUUUCAAUUUAGUGUUGCACCCUCUGGGGUGUUUAAAUAAUCCCCCCACCCCCCAAAAAAAGUAAAGGCCAGAAAUUAAUAAAAAUCUAUUCUGAGUAAUUUAACCUGUGAAAGAAUAAUAUAGUUUGUCAAACUAAACUUCAUCUGUGUGAGGUUUUUGAACUAAAAUGAUGCAAAUAUGGACUUGUUAAUAAACUGCAAAGCAAAAAAGAAUCCGCUUCUUCUACAUUCAUUCCUUCUUCAAAUAGCUCGUCCAUUGCUGGUUUUGUGAUACACCAUAUGGUGUUUUCAAAUUGCGGAAUUUAAACAAAUACAAAUAAUUUGCCCAACAUUUGGAUAAACAGGGAUUUUGUUUGAAAACAAACACAUUCAAAUAUAUAGAUCUAGUAUUUUCAAAGUGUUUGUGUUCUAUUGCCGGUCACUUCAAUUCCUCUUCCACUGUCUUCCAUCAUAUUGUCUUCUUCCUUAAAUCCAUAUCUCCUCCUCCCUUUCAACUCCGUGCUCUGCUUCUUCCAUCCAGGACCUACCUAGAAGAGGAGUUGGUAAAGGCACGUGAGAAGCCCAAGCUGAGGAAAGAUAUGUACGAGAAAAUGAUAGCCGUAGAUCCCAAUGCACCCACAGAAGAAGAGCACAUACAGAGAGCCAUCUUGAAGCCACGAUACAUGCAAUGGAGAGAGACUCUUAGCUCUACUGCAACUCUGGGCUUCAGAAUUGAGGGCAUUAAGGUGCGUGUGAAAAUAUUUUAGGCAGUGGGACAUGGUCUGGGAAUGACACAUUACACAACUCUUGUGAGAUGGCAAAUUAUUAUAGGGACUGUAGUUCUUCAAAACUAUAGGACUUCAUCUGAACCAUCCAUGUGUUCUAUAUAGUGAAUCCGAAUCAAUAGAAAACCCAUUUACACAGAGCAGGAGAUAAAAACUUUUAAAGUAAGUUACAUCUGAUUGAAAGUGAAACCAUUUUGUUUUCAUGCAGACUGUGUCAGUCACAGCCAGGGAGGUGUGGCUAUAGCUGCAUAAACCGAAAUAAAAAUGAUUUAACUCCUAAAUGACAGAUAAUUGAGCAGUGAGACUGCAGGGCCAUGUUCUAUAAACAAAAACUGUUACAGUAAGCUAAAGUUGUUUUGGUGACUGUAGUGUCCCAGUAAGUAUUGGUCAGCUCAGUUGUUAGUUCUUGCACUGAACUAUCAAUCCUUGGAAGUUGACAACAAUAGGCAAGUGGAAUAACUCCUAAAUCUGACUGUUCAUAAAAUGUAAACAAAGGCAUUUUCUGGAAUGUUACAAGAUCCUUUGACAUCUACUAACAAUUCUCUUUUCAACUCUUAGAGAGCCGAUGGAACGUGCGACACCAACUUCAAAAAGACCAAACAAAGAGACGAGAUUGUCAGGGCUUUAGAGGACUUUGUAGAUGAAAAUAAACUUAUUUUGGUGAGUUGAUACAAUUACACGGUCAACCCUGUAUUUCAGAAAAGUGCGUGUGCAAAGAACAAGCCCAUGUUUGUAUGUGAGUGGUCAUUUCUACCCCCAACUCAUGGAAAUAUUCUUCUAUUAUACAGAAAAACUACUUGGUGAGAUUGAAGGAUCUACGCACAGAGCUUGAGAAAUCUGAUUUCUUCAAAUCACAUGAGGUAUUUUAUUUUACACCUUUUCCUGGGAUUCUCUAGCUGUGCUUAGAUCUUUUACAGAAAUGGUGAUAAGGGGUAGUGAGAGAGAGCGAAAAAGGUUUUACACAGUUUGAGGUGCCGGGUGAGAUUUAUGAACGUGUAUCUUAGUGGGGAAUGUGGAAUAGUUUAACGGGUUACUCCAGGAACAACGAGCAAUUGGAGUAACCCUUUAAUGAUUGUAGACAUAUCUAGCAGUUGAUGGUUUUUAUAAAAGGUUGACAUUUAGUAGAUUCAGUUUUCAGAAACUACUCCAAUUCAUGAAGUGCUUCUGUCUCCUCAGGUGGUUGGAAGCUCCCUCCUGUUUGUCCAUGAUUCCUCUGGGUUGGCCAAAGUGUGGAUGAUCGAUUUUGGGAAGACCGUGCGGCUCCCCUACAAACAGACACUAAACCACCGCUCUCCAUGGGUGGAGGGUAACAGGGAAGAUGGCUACCUGUGGGGACUAGACAAUCUUAUUAAUAUUUUCACCAGUAUGGUGCAGGACUAACCACAAUGUCUAACCAAAUGAGAACCCAGCAACCUCAAACCCCCAAGUUCCCAGCAUACAUUCCAUCAAAACGGGGGCACGGUUACUCUCCGUCCAUCCCACGUUCUGUUGCGUUGCUUGGACGAAUCUUUGGAAGGUUGCCACAAGUGGGAGUAGUCGAGCAGCUUUUAAAAGGCAAAUCACAUGAAGAGUGGAAUUUUCACACUAUGUCGCAGAGAUCGGUCUAGGAAACCAUGUCCGUUUUUAUUCGAAUGUAUUUUUAACUUGUUUUUAUAAAACGUAUUUAUGCUUGUACAGUCUCAAGAAACUCAACACUGGAAUUAUUGUACAUACAAAACCGUUUUCAAGCUAUUUGGGGACAGAAGUGGAGAUCCUUUCUUUUUUUUAAUGUAUAUAUUAUUUUAAUAUUGUAACUUUUAGAUGCAAUAGACUGAUUUAUGCUCUAUUUUAACAGAUAUUUUUUUUUUUUAUAAGCAGAUAAUGUUAAUAACAUGGGGGAGGCGAAAUCUUUUUAUUUAUCUACUAUUGACUAUGGCGUUUAGGUUUAUAUAUAUAUUUUUUUAAUUAUUCUUACUCCCUACCUUACUAAACCAAAGAGAAUGCGUGUUUAUAGAGGUAUUGCAGUAAUAAGCUUUGCGCUUCUUAAGCUGGAAGCUGACAUUGUCACUGUACACACCAAGACCAAUCUUAAACCGCCUUGAAUAUAGUUAUGUUUCAUCUCAUUGUACAUUUAUCUUAUUGUUGCUUUGAAACCCAGAGUAGAAAAUGACAUGUUUCUAGCAAAUAAAAUCUGCAAACACAACUGUAUUAUUUCUUUCCUAUUUAACGUUCUGAAGUUUAAAGGUCCACUAUAGUGCCAGGAAAGCGAACUCGUUUUCCUGGCAUUAUAUAGUCCUUGGGUCCCCCCCACCUUCUGGACCCUCCUCCAGUUGGGCUGAAGGGGUUAAAACCCCUUCAGCCACGUACCUUAAUCCAGCGCCGGGCUCCCUUGGCACUGGUGACCUCUCCUCCCCCUGCCAACGUCAGCUCCCGAGUGGAACCGAAUGCGCAUGCGUGGCCAGAGCCGCACGCACAUUCAAACCACCCAUAGGAAGGCAUUACUCAAUGAUGUCCUAUGGACGUUCUGCGUGCUCAAUGAGAUUUUCGCAUUGAGCGUUGUGGAUGCGCCUCUAGCGGCUGGAUUAACCCUCAAUGUAAACAUAGCCGUUUCUCUGAAACGGCUAUGUUUACAUCUGAAGGGUUAAAACCAGGGGGACCUGGCACCCAGACCACUUAACUGAGCUGACGUGGUCUGGGUGACUAUAGUGGUCCUUUUAAGUAUAAACGCUUUUUUCAUUUAUAAAAUAAUGGUGAAACGGCUACUAUUGAACUAGACGUCCCAUGAAUACUAG